CCAACAACCUUCUCCACGCAUCCUUGCUGUCGUUGGCACGAGCGUUGCGGUGUGGUGCAGUGCAGGCCGCAAAAAGCUGCCCACAAGCAAGGACAGCAAGCCUGAUUCCCGCUCCAGUAGCCAUCAAACUGCCAAUUUCUGUUAGGAGCUACAGUGUUAUUGUAGGUGCUCUUUAUGGAAAGCCAGAACGAGGCGCUCAUUAGGUGGCACUGCCUGUGGCGGGAGUCGAAGGAGUACGUACCAGCACUUUCCUGUACCGAACCAGCUCCGUCUCCCUCAAGCUGGCUCAAGGCCCCCUCUCGCACCCCGCACACGAGGCGGUUCGGCAACGGAACAUCGUAGCAAUGGCGCGAGAUAGGGGUGGUGCCAGACCGAGACACAUGGCGUCGAGUGGAUGGGCCAUCGGGAAUCGCGGCGGAAGUGUUGCUGCCCGCGGCAAUCCCAAGGGCCGCGCUGAGAGGCGGCGGCCGAACAUCGCGCUUCACAGCGUUGCUCGCGCCGCAAACAGCGGCGGGCACAGCAUUGGAGAGGGGCGGAGGACAGCCACAGAGGAGCAGCACGGCGGCUGUGGCAAGCAGUUUCAGUGGAGGGGCAGCAGAGGCACAGCCAGCGCGGGUGAUAGCAAUGAUGACGCUGACGAUGGCGGUAAUGGUAACAGCACACGUGGCGGGUUGGUGCUGGCGGAGAUUGCUGCCGCGGCGUGAGUGAAGCGAGCUGCUCGAGAGGCGGCAGCGCAGCGCAUGGCAGGGGAGCAGCGCAUGGCGGGGGAGCAGCGGGGAAGUGCGAGGAAGCAGGGGAGUGGGGCGAGGAGACGGGAUGUGGAUAAGGCAGCAGGGAAAGAUGAUGAGCGGUCGUAUGGCGAGCACAAGAAGUUGAUUGUUAUCGAGCAGCACGCGGAGGCUUGUAAUAAGAGAGAGUCAAAACCAGAUGCGGCAGCAGCAGCAGCAAGAGCAGCAGCAGCGGCAAGAGCAGCAGUAAACGUGAGCAGCGAUGGAGAGAAGGAAGAGGAGGUGAGCAGGGACCCAAUAGAGCCAGCGGCGAUUCCCACAGUGGCUCUGGCGCUGCUGGCGCCGCUGGCUUGCGCGGGGGAGGACGUGGCACACGGCAUGUGUGUGAGCAGGGAGUGGCGGCGCUCCCUCACUCACUCCGUGCUCUCCUUCUCCCUCCUCUUCCACCCUCACUCCCUCUCAUGGCGCCCCUCCUUCCGUGACCCCGCCUGCCCCUCCCUCACACGCCACUGGAACCCCGCAGCUUUCCAGGCCCCCCUGCUGAUGGCAGGGGGAAGUGACAGACAAGGCAACCAGAGAAGAACGCAGGAAUUUGCGCUCAGUGUCAGGUGCAGCAGCGAGUACAGGAGCAGAUGGGAGUAGGUGGUGUGCUCAGUGGUGCUUCAGUCCGCCAUGCCCUUCCCCUGCUCCACCGCACUGCAGCCCGGCAGUGUGGCGGACCGCAUGCUCUACUUCUCGCUGCUCUCGCUGCUCACAGCUGUGCUCACCAGCUGAAGGCAGAGCUCAGGGGGCCAUCUCUGGCAGCCGGUGCUGCAGCUGAGGUCCCUGCGCACUCUCAUUCUCUCCCCCUCCUUCCUUGAGUCAAACUCCGACUUCCCUUACUACUAUGUGCCGCCUCUUGGCCUCCUCACUGCACUGCACACCCUACAUCUGACCUUGAGUGGCUCGAGAAGGUCGUCAUACAUGGGUGAGUCCAAGAUGCGCUUGUUCGGUAGCAGCUGGUGCAAUGAGUCCAUCGUAUCAGAAAGUCAACGUGACGUUCCGGGCCUUUGAUUCGUAUGCGAUGGCUCAGGAUUUUUGCUGAUUUGACAAGCGUUUCCUCGGUGUUAGGAUUAAGGACGGAGUCUAGGUGAACUUUGGAGCUAGAAUUACUAAAAAUAGAAAUCCGAAAUUCUG